GGCACUGACAGACACCCACCACUCACAGACCGAGCGAGACACGAGCUCAGUGUGGCUGUGGCCGUGGUGCGAGGAGGGUGGUUGUCCUCCUCGCCACUCCUGUGCUUCGCUCCUCACCUGCAGUCUUCAGUCCGUACUUCUACACUUCAAUUAUUGUUGCUGCUACUGCUGCUCGUACUACUACUGCUGCUACUGCCGGUACUGCUGCUGCUGCUGCUGCGUUAGCAGGGUGAAACUAACCAACUCCUACUUUUCCUCCUCAGUUUCCUCCUCCUCUUCUUCCUCUUCUUCUUCUUACUACGAAAGAGGACGGCCCGUCUUCUCCUCCUAUAUCAUGUUCUUCCUCCCCCUCACGUCGUAUUCUCUCUCUCAUAAGUAGUCUUUCAGUCCUUCUCUCCUCCUCCUCCUCCUCCUUUUCCCCGACCAUCCAUAGCUGGAGUACCAAGAUGGCGCACCGCUGACUCAACCAUCAUGGGCUUUGUCAGACUCGCGCCCUCCCAUCUGCGGGUCAACGGGCGGACGUGUUUUGACUCCCAGCACGCCGCUCUCUCCGCUGCCACCUUCACUAUUUGCUCGUCCGUGGUGGUGGUGCUGGUGUACGUCUGGCGGAUGGUGCUCAAUGCGAGACACCCUGACCACCUGCAGGAUGUGUACUACGGUGUCCAGAUCUCGUACAUGUCCACGCUGGGCACGCACAUCACCCUCAUCGCCCUCACCUCCUUCCUCUUUAUCGGCAUACGGCAGGAACGGUGCGGCCUAAUCACGCCCUGGGUGGUGGCCAACAUUGCCUUCAUGGCGCUGGAGGCCGUGUGCUGCAUGUACUCCAACAUCCUGCGGGACCAUAUCAACAAGCAGAGGUUCGACGUUGUGUGCCGCGCUGAGGUGUCCUUCUUUCUCUUCCGAGCCACCAUAAACGUGAUGGGACUCUGGGCAGUGAUGCGCUUCGUGAAGAACAUACGGGCGGGGAUCACCUACAAGGACCCCGAGGCUAUCGAACUCUGAUGGCGAGGAUCGAACUCAGAAGGCAAGGUCCCGCGCAACACCAGCACGAGGAAAACGAGAGCCAGUAGUAGAGGAGACUUCGAUGUAUGUGUGAGAACUGGAGAUCUUUCUACCUUCAUCAUUGUGUGUGUGUGUGUGUGUGUGUGUGUGUGUGUGUGACCAAUGAACUUUUUGUAGUUUUAAGAAAAGAGAUAGAUUAGUGUAAUUACUGUUUGAAAGAGAGAGAGAGAGAGAGAGAGAGAGAGAGAGAGAGAGAGAGAGAGAGAGAGAGAGAGAGAGAGAGAGAGAGAGAGAGAAAGUGUUUUUUGUAGCGUUCGAGGAAGAACAAGAACAAGAUCAAAAACAAGAAAAACAAGAAAAUGAGGAGGAAUAGGAACAACAACAACAACAACAACGUCACUGUCGAUAUAUUUUUUCGAUGCUAGUAAAAAAAGUGGUGUGUGUGUGUGUGUGUGUGUGUGUGUGUGUGUGUAAUAAUAUUAAUAAUAAUAAUAAUAAUAAUAAUAAUAAUAAUAAUAAUAAUAAUAAUAAUAAUAAUAAUAGUAAACGGUUUAUUGUUUAGGCAGUUAACAAACUGAAAAUGUACAGAGGGGCUGGGGAAAUACUUAAACUUUAUCCUAAAGCUAAGUCUAAUCUAGAAGGAAAAUACUAUUGAUUGAUGGCUCGCACCAUGGUGGGAAUCGUGCUGAGUCUGUACCGGUCCGUGCGCGGCGCCUUUAGGGGCGUUAUCUUGUUGUGGUGUCUGGUGGCACGGACCGGGCGAGGCGCGUCAGGUGGCGGCAUGUGUCUCAGACGUGGAUGAUGCAGCAGUCCCCUUGAAAACUUUUCCAGAGCCUCUCGGUGCCUGGUGGAUAGUCUGGACAGACUCAGAGUGGUCAGGGCUUCAUCAUAGGUGGUGUAGGCAAAGCCAAGGAUGACCCUGUACGCCCUUUUCUGCACAUUCUCCAGCUGUAGCUGUUGAGUGUGUGUGAGGGAGGAGGACCACGUUGGGGAGGCGUACAUGAGUUUGGGGAGGAUGAAGGUAAGGUACACCCCCCUUAACUCAUCUGUAGGCGUCCCCAGCGACCUGAGUCUGCGCAGCAUGUACAGCCUGUAGGUAGCUGAUCUUACAGUGCUGGCGACAUGCUGCUUCCAGGUCAGCUGGUCGUCCACCGUGACUCCGAGAAGCUUGGCACAUCGGACCAACUGGAAGGGGUGAGGGCCCACUGUGAGCUGAGGAGGGGGCACUGGUACAGAGGAGGUACAUAAAUGCAUCACCACAGUUUUGCUGUGGUUGAUGGUCAUCCUGCUCUCCUCCGUCCACGUCUGCAGUCUCUCCAGAAUUGUUUGCAGAGGCGAGUAUUCCGUGUUCUCGUUGGAAACUGGGACGCCCACGGUACAGUCGUCCACAUGCUUCCAGCGAUGGGGGGUGUCAGUGAGGGCGUCGUUAAUGAUGAGGAGGAAGCAUAGAGAACCCAUCUAGGUCCGCUGACGCAUGAGUCUUUUAAUGCGGGGCGUCAUCCAGGGGGCAUCAGACGGGUGCGCUGUGACGCUCUUGGCUGGGAAGUAGCGGUGGAAGGCUUCUGUGGUGGUGGCGACGUAAUUUUGCCAUUUUAAGUGGACGUCCUCCACAUCCAGCACCUCGGUCCACGGGUGUUGUGUCACCCACUCCCUGAACACCCUCAUGGCUGAGUCAGGCAUGGGGCGGUGGGUCCUGGUGACAGCUGACCGCGGGGUCGAGGUGGUGGGUGUGGGUGUCCACAGUAUGGAGAGGUCGGUGCUCCGUCCCAUGGGAGGCAGCGGUUUGAGGGGCGAGUACUGCUGGCCCAGGUCUGUCAGUAUAAGGUCGAGAAUGGCUUGCUGGUGGGUGGGGAAGUCCACGACCUGGGUGAGGUGUAGCUGGUGUAGGAUAUCGCUGAUAUCUGAUCUGUUAAAGUCCCCACAGAUGACCGGCUUGGCGGCAGGAUACCUCACCCUCAGGGCAUCAGCAGUGUCGAUGAUGUGAGCGGUGAGUAACUGUGCUGUGGUGGCUCGGGGGGGUGUACACGACGCACACGAUGAUGGAGGCCGUGUUGCUGGGAUGGCAGGGGGGCGUGACUCUUACCCACAGGGCCUCCACACCGGCAGGAAUAUCGGCAGGGAGGUGUGAGGGGCUGAGGGCAGAGCGGCAGAAAACGGCCACUCCCCCCUUGAUGGGACACACAUGUUUCCCUCCCCUCGACCCGCGGUUCCGAAAUAGUUUCAAGGUCUUAAGGCACUGUAUCACGUUGGGCGGCGGGUAACCUGAUCCUCGCCUACGACGCAGGAGGUAGUUGCGUUCGUACGUUUCCACUGAAGUACACAUUUUUCUUUAUGUAUCGACGCGCACUCGCUAAAUGUGUUCACAAAAACAACAAUCCCACCAGGGCGAGCCUAAAACUAAAACUAAAAGUUGAGGGGUACACGACGCACACGAUGAUGGAGGCCGUGUUGCUGGGAUGGCAGGGGGCGUGACUCUUACCCACAGGGCCUCCACACCGGCAGGAAUAUCGACAGGGAGGUGUGAGGGGCUGAGGGCAGAGCGGCAGAAAACGGCCACUCCCCCCCCCCUGCGUCCUGUCCUGAGGUGAUGGUAGAGCUGGUACUCCUGCAUCGUGCACACCUCAGGAACAAUCUGCCACGCCUCAGUAACCGCCACAAUGUCCGAACAAGUAGAACUCACCGUCACAAACAAUUCGUCCAUCUUGUUGGCGAGAGACGUCGCAUUAAAUAAGAGGAGGGACGGAAGACAAUACCACCCACGCGGCACUUCAAUGUGCUUGUAUUUCUUCUUCUCCACCCUGCGGUCUUCUCUGGCACUGGUCACUACCUUGAUGGGACGCACAUGUUUCCCUCCCCUCGACCCGCGGUUUCGAAAUAGUUUCAUGGUCUUAAGGCACUUUAUCACGUUGGGCGGCGGGUAACCGGAUCCUCGCCUAGGACGCAGGAGGUAGUUGCGUUCGUACGUUUGCACUGAAGCACACAUUAUUCUUUAUGUGUCAACACGCACUCGCUAAAUGUGUUCACAAGUACGACAAUCCCACCAGGGCGACCACCUAAAACUAAAAGCUAAAAGUUGAAAACAGAAAAAAACUGAGGUCACUAUCACUAGGGGACAGGGAAGGCCAACAAGGGCUUGCUCGUGUGAGGUCAAGACUGUGUGUGUGUGUGUGUGUGUGUGUGUGUGUGUGUGUGUGUGUGUGUUCGAAAACCUCUGUGCUUAACUUUACAAACUUAAAGUAUCAAGACAAAAAGAAAAAAAUAUUUACUGUAAAAAAAAAUUCAUAGAUUUAAGUAAGAAGUGUGACAAGUGUGACUUAGCGUGACCUGUCCCUGUAUUUUGUAGUCUUCCUGUCUACUUGAACCACAAUAACAUCUCUAGUUGUAACCCA